AUCGAACAGUCGAUGUCACUAAGCGCAGCAAUCGGGGGUCUCACAAGCGAGAUCCGUUUGGGGAGUUUACAAGUUCUUUCAGUUGGAUACGCCGUGUUUCUGACCAGUCAAGCUUCAAUCUGGAAAGAAGAUUUGUAAGGACUUUUUUAAGAAACCGACAUAUGGCAUGACUCGAAAGAGUAUUGAUACAUCGAGACCGAUUGGUAGAACACCAGCAGUUAAGCACCUCUUCGCCAGGGAACACUGGUUUUCGACAGUGCGCUCAUUUUGCUUGACGCGGAUGAUACGAAACGGAUUAUUUAUGACGAGUUCAAGGCAAUUCUGUUGCAGUCCAGCCUCAGUAUGAGGAAAGGUUCUUUUGGAUCCCUGCAGUGAUUACUUUACUUUCAAGAUUAACGUUUAAAAAGGCGGCAAGGAAAGUGGAUGACAUUGGUUAUUGGAGUCUAUUGGAGAAUGAUGGGUAAAAGUCGUAUAAGAGGCACAGAUAGCCGGUCCAAUGGAAAUUAAUGUCCAUCACCCCAUGAUAAAACCAACAUCAUCCAACUGUCGUAGUUAGAGAAUACCGAUUCGCGGACAAGAAAUGCUUACACCUACUUAAUCGUGGACCGUAAAACAUCGGAUAACUCGUUUGGAUACGGCAGAAGCUGAUGUAUCUGGAGGUUAAGACCUACUUUAUAAGUUUCUAAGGAGGAAUGCACGAUGGGCGACGCGGAUAUAGUGCCCUAUGAUGUCGACCCCACGGUUGGGUCGGCAAAUGUGACGGCUGUCGUGAAUAUCUCGAAUGAGGAAGUCGGGAACGAUGCCAUGCCCUUGUACGGGAAGGCUAUUUUGAUUGUGAUGUAUUCUGUCGUCAUCAUUCUUGCCAUUGGAGGAAAUGCUGUCGUCUGCUACAUUGUUCUGGCAUACAAGCGCAUGCGCACGGUGACAAAUUAUUUCAUUGUUAACUUGGCUGUGAGUGACAUUCUGAUGGCAUCACUGUGUAUACCGUUUACCUUCACAGCGAACCUUCUCGUGAACUACUGGCCGUUCGGCCGCGCAAUGUGCCCAAUCGUCACCUUCGCCCAGACUAUGGCAGUAUUUCUCAGUACAUUUACACUCGUCUCCAUCAGUUUAGACAGAUUCAUAGCCAUCAUAUAUCCAUUACGGCCUAAAAUGACGACAAAACAAGCAGUGUUGGUGAUUGUGACGAUUUGGGUGAUGUCCUCUGUUAUAUCAUUACCAACCGCGAUCGUUUCUGGGACGAUACAAAGACAGGUUGGACGACAGUCGCUCAGCUUCUGUGACGAGUUGUGGUCGGAGCGGCAGAAGUUUCACUAUAGCAUUGUAAUUAUGACUCUGCAAUACUUCCUUCCAUUGUUCAUACUUAUAGGCACAUAUAUGAAGAUUGGAUAUAUCAUCUGGGUGAAGAAGAUUCCAGGAGAGGCGGUUAAUAUUAGAGAUCAACGAAUGGCAAAGUCAAAAAGAAAGAUGGUGAAGAUGAUGAUCACAGUUGUUAUGAUCUAUGCCGUCUGCUGGUUACCUCUGCACACCAUCACACUUAUACAAGCUUUUAAUAUCAACCUCUACCGAGACCAUACCUACAUGGUGGCCAUGUGGAUCGUAAGCCAAUGGCUAGCCAUGAGCAACAGCUGUUAUAACCCCAUUGUUUACUGCUGGAUGAACGCCACCUAUCGGAAUGGUUUCCGUUAUGUUCUGCGGUUCUGUCCAUGCGUGACUUUUGACAGAGAGAAUGCGCACGAUGAUCAUAUGAGUCGGACAAAUACUUAUGUGACCACGAUUAGAAAUUAUGACUAUAAUACGAGCAAGCGGACUUGUUCUCAGAAAGUGGUUCAGAAGUCUUCGGACAGUGCUUCUUUGAGUAGUGGACAGGAGAACCAUGGGGAAUAUGUUCCACUGCAGAAGUUAAAGAACGGGAUUCCGCCACCAGCCGUAGAACUGCCGGGAAUGAAGCAGCACGAACCGAUGUUUGAUUCCAGUUAUGAUGAAAACUAGUUCCAGUGGCGCUCCAGUGUCCAGACUGGGUGCCUCGUUUCACGUUGGCGUUACGUCAUGGUUGUGCGGAUUAAGCACGUACAUGCAGGCACGCGCGCGCCCACUUCCUCUUGUCUAUGCCAACUCUAUUUCGUGGCUCGGGUGGCAGAAUGCGACGCGGCAAUGCCACAUGGACCGACUCCAUUAUCACCCAUUUGAUUCUUGGAUCCACCAGCAGAGGGCAAUUCCGCCCACUGUGUCAUU